UAAUAAUUUUGCCCUUUAUGGUUUUUUAAAUAAAUUUUAAAUGUCUUAUAAUAAUUCUGUUUUAGUUGGAAAUUGGAGCGAAGAGAGAUUGAAAAAUGAAUAUGAAUUUAAGCUGUUUCUUCGAAAACGUGACAGGCGUGAGCUGCUUCUUCAAAGAUCCAGGAAUCUUUUCAGUAAUUUGCUGAAAGAGAGGCCUCUCGCAAUAAGCGGCACCUUUGUGUUGUACGGAUUCAAUGUGCAAUUAGUAGCUUCCGACAUGCCAGCAAAAACUAUGGCCGGGGGCAAACCACAGUACGGGCUUGCCUUGUCGAGCUUGGUCAGCGAACGCCAAGUGGACUACAUGCAAAACCUCAAUGACGGCUGCCUCAUGACUCUUUCUCCAAUUACCACUCCUUGCUGCAGGAAUACCUUCGUUAUCCUCAGUGCAAAAGAUAUAACUCUCCAUGGAGAUAAGAUGAAUUAUGGCGACGAAUUUUUCCUCAGGGCUGAGAACUACGGCGACCCGGACGCGGCUCCGUUGUACGUGCGGUACACGCCAGAGGCAGUACCGGGCCCAGCAGACCGUUUGCCCAUCCGUCUCAGCGCCACCCUGGACAGCAACUGCCGGUGGACCACCACUCCUCUCCUGCCAGGAGAGCGGCUCGAGGGCCUGGGGAGUCCUGUCAAGACGGGAGCAAAGUUAAUAGUGAAAAAUUGUAUUGCAGACAAGAGUUUGUGCGUUAUGAAUCAAAAUUGGAUGCAAACUUUCUUUGGCCCGGAAUGCGGCGUCACCUGUCGCAACUACAUAGACAUCCACAAGAGACACACUGCUGAAAACAUCUUCACACUGGUCAGCGACGUCGAAACCAAGACCAAGGAUUAG